AUGAUUGAAUACACCGACUACCCGAAAGUCUUUCCUCCGGGAGCUCAGAUGCCCUACGACCGCAAGCGCAUCCACGAAAUCGAGGCGCGUCGGAAAGACUUGGGCGGGCAGCUCUUCAUUGAUCGUGUGUUGAAGGCACUGGGCAUCACCAAGAGCAAGAUAUAUCCUCCUAAGAACGACAAUGGGGUCCGACAGCUGCACCAACAAAUUUGCGAAAGCAACAUGUCGAUGCAUCACAAGCUGUCUUUGAUCUACUACGUGCUCCUGGACUUUGACACGGUUGAUGGCCAAGCCUCUCUAUCAGAGACUUUUGCUUCUGCUUCCAGCAUGCCGCAGAAGUACGAGAUAUUCAUGAAGGGGCUGUGGUAUAUGGACGGCCUCGAAUUUUCGACGGCUCUGGAAUAUGUCGCCCAUCCAUCGCUUAUCUCAGACUUUGCGGAUGAUAUUAUCAUCGCACUUGUGCAGCAUGCUUCAGACGGCGACUACGAUCUUGCACUAUCUUAUUUCCACACCGUCCAGCCUGUCUUGAAGACCUCCAAAGCCCUCGAGCUCAUCUUUGGCGCCAUGGCCCAAACCAAUGUUACCGAGGCGCUUCUUUAUUCGAGAACAUAUCCUGAGCAUACUCGCGAGCAGCUCUUUCGACAAUUGAUCGCAGAAACGCUCGGCAAUAAGUCUGAACAGGCUGGUGAAUUGGCUUUCCUGCCCUUUGACACCGUUGAAGAAGCGUGGUUUGAGGAGUACCUCUCAACAGGUGAUGGAAGAAAUCUCAAAAAGGCCAAGGAUACCCUUCUUGUCCGGAAAAUUGCCAGCGAUCGGUUUGAGGAGAUCCGAACACAAAGAACCAGCAGCCAAUGGGGUCCUGUGCUUGAAGGCAUCAAGUCAGGCAUCGAGGGCCAACUGGAAUAA